AUGCCCAAGGCAACUUCUCAGACUUUCACUACGAGGCCGCAUAAUGCUGCUGUACGUCCUGGUCAGCUCAAAAAGAAUGGAGAGAGCUCGACGGGGUCAUCAGGGAGCGGAGCGAGGAAUCACUUGUUCGACACUGAAAGGUUCGGACAACACAUCCUGACGAAUCCAGCGGUCGCUCAGGGUAUUGUGGACAAGGCCAACUUGAAACCCACCGAUGUCGUCUUGGAGGUCGGUCCAGGUACUGGAAACCUGACAGUCCGAAUCUUGCAAGCCAGUCGGAAAGUUGUGGCCGUAGAGAUGGAUCCUCGAAUGGCGGCAGAAGUCCAAAAACGAGUCUUAGGGAAACCCGAGCAGAAGAAGCUGGAGAUCAUCCUUGGUGAUUUCGUCAAAGCAGAUCUGCCGUACUUUGACGUUUGCAUCAGCAAUACACCGUAUCAGAUCUCAUCGCCUUUGGUUUUCAAGCUCCUCUCCCAUCGACCCGUCAUUCGUACGGCUGUUCUCAUGUUCCAGCGAGAAUUCGCUCUGCGUCUGGUCGCUACUCCCGGUUCGAAAAUGUGGUGCAGAUUAGCAGCCAACGUCCAGCUUUACGCAAAAGUCGAGCAUAUAAUGAAAGUUGGAAAAGGCAAUUUCAGACCCCCACCUCAAGUCGAGUCUUCUGUCGUCAGACUCAGUCCUCGAGACCCCCCACCGCAAAUCCGGUUCGAGGAAUUUGAUGGACUGAACCGGAUCAUCUUUAGUCGGAUGAACAAGCAUGUCAGGGCUUGCUUCGGUGCAAAGGGCGUGAAGGAGAUGUUGGAAAAGAAUUACAGGACUUGGUGUGCAGAGAAUGGCAAGAUAAUUGAAGAUGACUUUGACAUCAAGGAAAAGGUCGAACAGAUUCUGGUUGACUCCACUUUUGCGGAUUCUCGAGCCGCCAAGAUGGAUGUUAAUGACUUGUUGAAAUUACUGGCGGCUUUUAACGUUGAGGGAAUGUGA